AUGGGUGAGAUGAUGGCAAUUGAAAUCAAUGGAAAACUCAGAUGUUGUACCGGUUCAAAUGUCUCGAAAAGGAGGAGAAUUUUGGAAUCUGCUGCUGAUAGUCCACAACAUGGAACGGGAGCCAUAAAUAAUACUGAGGUCACUAUUAGUUUUCAAGAUGGGCUAUGGCCUGAGUGGAUCCUGAUGGAAGUUGUGUGCAGGCUCCCAAUCAAGAUGGUUAUCCGUUGCAAAAGUGUCUCAAAACAGUGGCUUUCUCUAAUCUCGGAUCCUUCUUUUGCCUGCUUCUAUAACAUCACCUCUCGAGGCUGGCAAGCCUCUGCUUUCUCGGGCUCGGUUUGGCGCCGCCCUCCGUGGGUCUUUAUUUUUAACAAAAUGAGUGCUGAAGGUUGUGGGAUGACCCUUUUUUCGGAGGAAAAACUAAUGGAUAUUAUGUAUCCUUUUCCAAACUCCCCUUCCCCUAAUUAUUGUGUACUUCCCAUUCCGAAAUCUCAGCAGCAGCAGCAAGAUAAGAAAAGGAGAAUUUGGGCCACCAUCCAUGCCAUUCACGACGGGCUUGUGCUGUACAAGUGGAAGUGCAUAGAUGAGCUGUACAUCUGCAAUCCCAUGACCAACCACUGGUUUCCACUACCUCGAUCACCCAAAUAUAUCACAAGGGCAAAUGCGAGCUAUGGUUUCAUCACACGGGUUGAAGCCGGAAUCUUAACCAGCUACAGGGUCGUGAUUGUCCGUUAUCAUCCCCAGAAACAAUUUUUCAUCGAGUUGGUGGUGUUCUGUCCCGAAUCGGGAAAAUGGGUAGAAUAUACCAUUCACUCCACGCGUGCAGUUCGGGUUUCUUUUCUGAAGAAGUGUGUGCUCCUCAACGGGAAACUGCACUGGAACGAUUGUGAGCUUGGGCUUAUAGCAUACGAUCCUUAUACGAGUCCUGAUGAGAUGCGCUUGAUAGAUUUUCCCAUGGCUCGAUACAGAGGUUAUGAACCAGGCGCGAACUACAGCUCGUGUGGUGUCCACCAAGGGCUUCUCAAGUAUUUUGAAGUUAUCAAUCCAUGCGGUGGUCAUCGCGGCUUCUCGCAGCUCAAGAUUUGGGUGCUCGAGGACUAUGAUAUGGGUGGAUGGUGUUUGCAGCAUAUGGUUGAGUAUGAAGAUAUUAGGAUUGGUGGUCCUUUGUAUGGCUCAACAUUAGUUGCCGACCUCGACCUCGUUUGUUUCCAUCCGUAUGAUGCGGACAUAGUGUAUUUGAGGUGGUUCAGGGACUUGGUCUCGUACAACAUGCGGACGAGGGAGCUGACACCGCUGGGCCUUCCUCAUGAACCGGAGAAGCAUUUUAGGUUCGUGUGUAGCGAGCACCGUCUAUGCUUCCCACUUGUGCUCCCUCCAUGGCCUAUUUGUAUUCCUACCUCUCUAAUACCAAAGAUAUAG